GUCUGUCACAGGAAUCAACCAUGGGCCUGCUACUACCUAUCCUUCUUGGUUUUCUCGCCUGUCUGAUCGGAGGACUGUACCUACUUGGUAUGUUUCGACAGCAGCGACCAGGAGAACCCCCUUUGGAUAAGGGGGUCAUCCCUUGGUUGGGUCAUGUCUUUGAGUUUCGCAGUGACACACUGAAAUUUAUCAACAGGAUGAAGCAAAAACAUGGCGAUGUGUUCACUCUGCAACUGGGAGGGGAUUAUAUCACAUUCCUUCAGAAUCAUCUAUCGUUUGGGGAGUUUAUUAAGGAAAGUGGAGAAAAUCUAGACUUCAAGAAGUAUGCUAAAAUUGUGGCGCACAGAGUGUUUGGUUAUAUGUCAGAAGAGAAUUUCCGACAUUUUGACCAAGUCAUCCACAACAAGCACCUCAAAGGGGAUGGUCUGGAGGCAUUGAUAGAAGCUAUGUUGCGUAAUUUGGAGAAUGUGAUGUUGCACAAGAUCAACUCAGCUGCAGACCAAAGCAGCUGGAAAGAAGAUGGACUGUUUAUGUUCAGUUACAAUAUUCUUUUUAGGGCUGGCUACUUAACUCUGUAUGGGAAUGUACCUCCCAACUCGGAAGGAAGUGAGGAGAAAGCCAAAGAGAAAGACAGAGAUGAAUCUGAAGCCUUGUUUAAUGAGUUUCGUAAAUAUGACCACUUCUUUCCCAAUCUGACUAAUGGGGUGCUCUCACAGAAGGAAAAGUUGGAAGUACGGAGGCUGUUGGAAUUUUUCUGGAGUGCUCUGUCCGUGCAGAAGCUGAAGAUCAAGGACAACAUCAGCAGCUGGAUCGGGGAAUUGCUGCGAGUCAGAGAGGAGCAGGGUAUGAAGGAGUCAAUGAGGAGCAGGUUCAUGUUCUUAAACCUUUGGGCUUCUCAGGGCAACACAGGGCCUUCUGGGUUCUGGCUGCUCCUCUUCCUCAUGAAACACCCAGAAGCCAUGAGAGCUGUGAAAGAAGAGGCAGAUAAAGUUGUGAAGGAAUCGGGGCAGGAAGUCAGACGUGGUGGCCCUUUCAUCAAAGUGACCAAAGAAAUACUGAUGAAAACACCGAUCCUGGACAGUGCUCUGGAAGAGACCUUACGACUCACCGUUGCACCUGUCCUCGCCAGAGCUGUGCUCCAGGAUAUGACCUUCAAGAUCCCAGACGGACGUGAAUAUUUUAUUCGCAAGGGAGACAGAAUGGUAAUAUUUCCUUACAGUGUUAUUAACCUUGACCCAGAGAUUCACUCUGACCCACAUUCAUUCAAAUAUGACCGCUUUCUGAAUCCCAACGGGAGCAAGAAAACUGACUUUUACAAGAAGGAGAAGAGGACGAAGUAUUUCAGCAUGCCCUGGGGUGCUGGGGUCUCCAUGUGUCCUGGGCGUUUCUUAGCCACCAGUGAGAUUAAGCAGUUUGUUUUCCUCAUGUUGGUCUACUUUGAGAUGGAGCUGAAGAAUCCUGAGGAGAAGAUACCUGAAAUGGAUUUGAGGCGAUGGGGCUUUGGAUCUAUGCAGCCUGACAGAGAGGUCCAGUUUCGAUACAGAUUCAGAGUUUAAACCAAAUAAUCAUUUUGACAUCUUUUUCAAAACAUGUUCUGAUUUUCUGAUCAAACUUAAUUUGACUGUAUUUCUUGGAAAUUCCACAGCGAAGUUGUAUCUUUAAUUAGGAACCAGCAAUAAUCAUAUGAAUGGUGUGGGUUUAAAAUUGAAAGUGUUUGAUUGCAUGUUUAAAUAUGUUGUAUGACAGAUUCAUUUCCAAUAGCCGAUUCUAAAUAACACUUGUUAUAUAAAACAUUCACAUAUUCACUAUUGAGCAGUGAUGUGAUAGAAAGCAACAAACAUGACUUGGGGCAAGCAAAGGGGGUGAUGGGAAUUUUUCUUUGCUUAAAUAAACCGCCUAAUAGGGUAGGUGUGUAUUGUAGAUGAUUGUAGAGAGUGAGGUAUGUCACUUGAUGUGUGUCACAUGAUUGGAGCAGCGCAGCUCAAGUUGGCUGCCUGAAGUACUGUAGUUUGCAAGUGUCAUUCCAUUUGUGGUAGUAGCAGUAUCAUGGUUCUUAUUAUCAUUAUUAUUUAGGAGUAUUAGAAGUAUUAUCCUACUUUUUCCCCCUCUUGCAUCACUGUUAUUAAACUUUAGUAAUGGCCUCUGUUGGUGGUGGGUUGGGAUAAAUUGCCUUGAUAUACUGUAUGUUUCUGUUUUCCCCUGUAAACUGCUCUGUAUUAUGGAAAAUUCAAUAAAAGAAAAUGAUCAUUA